GGGGCCGAGCCCGCCGGGUUUCCGGGAGUGGGGAGGCAUGGAGCCAUCGCUGGCAGGGGCGGCGGAGGCGGGCGACCGCUUCCGUGCCAGCGAGCACCAGCACGUUCGGUACAACCCGCUGCGGGACGACUGGGUGCUGGUAUCGGCCCACCGGGUAAAGCGCCCGUGGCAGGGUCAGCUUGAGAAGCCGCCCCCCGAGGAUGUGCCCCGCUGGGACCCCAAGAACCCCCUCUGCCCGGGGGCCACCCGGGCCAACGGCGAGGUGAACCCCAAGUACGAAGGUACUUUCGUCUUCCCGAAUGACUUCCCUGCACUGCAGCCCGAUGCUCCAGAGCCUGAUGACAAUGAUCACCCCUUGUUUCGAGCUGCCCCCGCCCGGGGUGUGUGCAAGGUGAUGUGUUUCCACCCCUGGUCGGACCUGACGCUGCCCCUCAUGUCCCUGCCAGAGAUCCGGGCUGUCGUUGAUGCGUGGGCAGAGCUGGCAACGGAGCUGGGUGCUUCCUACCCCUGGGUGCAGAUCUUCGAGAACAAGGGAGCCAUGAUGGGCUGCUCCAACCCGCACCCCCACUGCCAGGUGUGGGCCAGCAGUUUCCUCCCGAACGAGGCGAGCCUGGAGGACCGGAGCCAGCGCCAGCACCUGAGCCAGCACGGCGUGCCCAUGCUGCUGGAGUACGCUGAGCAGGAGGCUGGCCGAAAGGAGCGGCUGGUGGUGGAGAAUGCAGACUGGCUGGUCGUGGUGCCAUACUGGGCCACCUGGCCCUACGAGACCCUGCUGCUGCCCCGCCGCCAUGUCUGUCGCCUCCAGGACCUCAGUGACAGUGAGAGGGACAGCCUGGCCUCCAUCAUGCAGAGGCUGCUCAUCAAGUACGACAACCUCUUCGAAGUCUCUUUCCCCUACUCCAUGGGCUGGCAUGGAGCCCCCACAGGCUCCUACCUGGCGGAGGACUGCAGGCACUGGCAGCUCCAUGCCCACUACUACCCCCCUCUGCUGCGCUCUGCCACUGUCCGCAAGUUCAUGGUGGGGUACGAGAUGCUGGCACAGGCACAGAGGGACCUCACCCCGGAGCAGGCAGCCGAGCGCCUGAGGAGCCUCCCCGAGGUGCACUACAAGAAGAGGGCUGAGUAGGUGUGAUGGGAGCAGCAGAGCACCCAGUCCUCGCAUUCUGUGAGAGUGCUCCUGGGGUCUAGAAAUAUCUUGCAAGGAGAGAAGUGAUCUCCUCCUGCCUCCAAGACAGCAGUCCAUGGCGAGGGCCGUGUUCCCCGUGCCCCAUCCGUGCGUUGCUCCCUGUGAGCCUGGGACAGAUGGAAGGGCUUCCUGCCUGUGUGAUGCUGGAUGCCCUCCUGCAUGCUGGUUUUCUCUUUCUGUCUGAUUGCCUCAUGCCAGAGCCCACAAAUGCCAUCACCUGAUCUCAGCCCUCCCCAGGUGCUCUGGGGCUCUGGGGAGGAGCUGGUGGCUGACCCUUGAGCUUGAAGCCAUCAUUGUACGCAGCAUCCCUCACCAGGGCAUCGGGACUGCCCAGCUGGGAGUCUGGCCUCUUGCAAAACUGAUUUCUCCCCUCCUGGGACAAACAGAGUCCGUUUGAUCUCUGCCUCCAUCCCGGUCAUGAGCCUUUUCCAUUGCAACAAGUGCCUCUGCUCCAACUUCCCAACUUCCCCGCCUAUUCUCCAGGGUCCUGGGGAAGCGGCAACAAAUUGCCUUAAGUGUGGCAAUCCAGCUCGGGGUAAUUAGCCGCUGAACCGGUUGUAACGAAGCUAGUCAUCUCCCGGCACGGGCAGUUAGCUGUGAUUUAAUGGCCCGGCAGCUCCCAGCCCCGGGCUGCCGCGCCUCGGCCCGCGGCCGUAAAUGAAACUCGCAGUUAAGUCAAGCGGUAUUAAACUUUACAGUCGCCGUCUCUGAAAACGGGACUCUCUUCAAUAAAUCAGGGCAAGUGGGAUUGUAAAUAUCGAGGCAGGAUCCAUAUUGCUU